CAUGCGCAGUGGCUUGAGUUUUGUUUGAAGUGAACUGCUGCCUGGGACUGGACUGCCCUACAAGCUGCAAAGUCGCCAAGCAUUUGAUUUUAACAGUAUCUUUUUCACAUUUCCUCCAUAUUCUUUUAUUGCCUCUAUGCAUCGUCGAGACGAUGCUAGGCCAUCACUAUCCAAAUGCCGACAAGUCGCAACAACUGGUCAACUAUGUGGAGGAUUAUCUGGAAUGUGUGGAGUCCCUGCCUUUGGACAUACAAAGAAAUGUUUCUUUGCUUCGAGAAAUUGAUGCAAAGUAUCAAGAGGUGCUGAAUGAGGUGGAUGAAGUGUUUGAGAAGUACAAAGGCGAGCAGGAUGCAGCUCAGAGGAAACGCCUGCAGAUCCAGCUGCAGAGAGCGCUCAUCACCAGCCAGGAGCUGGGCGAUGAGAAGAUCCACGUAGUGACCCAGAUGACGGAGCUGGUUGAGAACCGCUCCCGCCAGAUGGACUCCCACUCCCUUUGCCUCCAGGAGCCCAGCGAGACCGAGCGGCUCACUACCGAGCGGCGCACCAGCGUCCAAGACUCCCCGGCCCCUGAACGCACCUCAGCUCGCCGCCCACGACGCCAGCGCAACAGUGAGAGCCGUGACUCCAGCCACCCGUCCGCCAAUGGCUCGCUGGUGGACGACCCAGUGGAGGAGCAGUCCAUUCCUCCGCCCCGAGAGAAGAAGUCCAAGUCUGCGAAGAAGAAAAAGCGCAAGUCCAAACAGGAACGAGACGCUUCACCAGUCGACUUCGCCAUCGACCCCAACGAGCCCACCUACUGCCUCUGCGAGCAGGUGUCAUACGGGGAGAUGAUCGGCUGUGACAAUGACCAGUGCCCGAUCGAGUGGUUCCACUUCUCCUGUGUGGGGCUGACCUACAAGCCCAAGGGAAAGUGGUACUGCCCCAAAUGCAGAGGGGACAACGAAAAGACCAUGGACAAAAGCCUAGACAAAAACAGAAAAGACCGUAGGUCCAGGUAGUGACCCGCCUUCAGUCGCCCCUCAUUCAUCUGGAAGAUGUCUUCAGCCUGAGGGUUAAGACUAUCAACCGUAGUUGAUAACCGUACUCGUGAUGUUGUAAGAGCACAAUCGAACACCAUUAGUAGCAGCGCUUAUUAUUAAUCAAGGACAAGUUGUGAUUGAACUUGUGCUGUUACAUCACUGAUCGUUCCCACUGGCUAUAACUGUACAGUAGUCAGUAGGGAGUCCAGCUGCUACAAGAAUCAUCAGCUUGAAGCUGCCAUCUUCCUUAAUUGUUUUGCUUUUUGUGAGACUUAAAUUUUUUAUUUUGACUUCUGAGAAAAAAUUGAAAGCGUCUUUUGGUUUACUAUCCCUUUUCAUUCUGGACAAGGUCCUAAUUAAAAAUAAGGUGUUCCUGCUAAUGAUCAUUAUUUUCUGCACUUUUGGCCAAACAAACUAUUUUAUUUUUUUAACUUUCUUAAUUGUGCGCAAUUAUUUGAAAUCCGUGUCUGUCGCUAUACAAUAAUCGCUUGUAGAAAAUAACUUACACAUGUAAUAUGUUUACAAGAGAUUGAUUUUUAAUUGAGGAGAUGAUUGUUGAUGGGACACUGGAAUAGGACGUCAUAUUUGUGGACUUUGUUUUCACUGGUUCACUUUCACUAUUGUGUAAAUGUCUUUUUAUAUUCAUUAAAACAAAGUAUAGUCACUCAGUUA